UCUUGAACGUUAACAAUGUAAGAGUUCCACCAAAGGACAGUUAAGGCACAGACGAUCCAAGAGGUUCCCAGAAUGGCGCAACAGCAAAACAACAAAGAAGGAACAGCACUGAUUCAAAAGCGCAAUUCCAACUCGAGAGGUUCAUUGAUCGCGGCUUCUUUUAAUUUCAUCAACUCCAUAAUAGGAUCUGGAAUAAUAGGUUUACCAUAUGCAUUGAACCAAGCUGGGCUUCCUUUAGGUCUGAUACUUUUGAUUUUAGUUGGAUUCAUCACAGACUACUCAAUUGUUCUACUUAUUAAAGGAGGAAACCUCUCAGGAUCAACCAGUUAUCAAUCAUUGGUACAAAGCACAUUUGGUUUUCCUGGAUUUUUGAUUUUAUCGGCUCUACAGUUUCUGUACCCUUUCAUAGCAAUGAUCAGCUAUAAUAUAACAACUGGUGACACACUGACCAAAGUAUUUCAGAGAAUCCCGGGAGUUGGUCCAGAUCACAUUCUUGCAGAGCGCCACUUUGUGAUCUUGCUUAUUACCUUUAUGUUCACCUUUCCUCUAUCACUUUAUCGAAACAUUGAAAGACUUGGAAAGGUGUCCUUCCUCUCAACGGUGCUAACACUUACCAUCCUCAUUGUCGUCAUGAUCCGAGCAGCUACCCUUGGAGAGCAUAUUGUGCCUACAGAAAACGCAUGGGCCUUUGCAAAGGGUAAUGCCAUACAGGCAGUUGGUGUAAUGUCUUUUGCCUUCAUAUGCCACCACAACAGUUUUCUGAUCUACAACUCUCUGGAUCAGCCCACGUUAUCCAGCUGGUCCAGGGUCACCCACAUUUCUGUGGGCUCUUCUCUGAUAAUCAGUGCUACAUUUGCUGUUGCAGGCUACACAACCUUCACUGGCUACACUCAAGGAGACAUAUUUGAGAACUACUGCAGAAAUGAUAACCUUGCAACAUUUGGUCGGUUCUGUUUUGGCUUUAGUAUAAUCACCACCUUUCCACUUGAGUGUUUUGUUACCCGAGAGGUGAUAUCCAAUGUCAUUUGUAGUCGUCUUCUUUCCAAAGCUGAGCAUGUAGCCAUAACUCUACUCAUAGUUGCAGUGUGCACAGCCUUAUCCCUGGCUUAUGACUGCCUUGGAAUGGUUUUAGAGUUAAAUGGAGCGCUAAGUGCCACACCUCUGAUCUUCAUCAUUCCAUCUGCUUGCUACCUAAAGAUCUCUCCAGGCAGCUGGUUCCAGAGUGACAAAAUGAUCCCUACUCUGCUGAUAAUAAUAGGCCUGGUCGUCAUGAUCAUUGGCCUGAUCAUGACUGGUGUCUUCCCUCAGGACUGUUCACACGGUGUGGAGAUGUUCUACUGUACAGAUGUCAACAUCUCUGGCACUGUCCCACCCAAAUGACAGAAAACGACCUCAGAUAUUUCAUUGUCUUAAUGUUACAAUGAGUGUAUACAGACAAAUGGCGACUGUAUUUUUUUGUUAACACAUGUAACCUUAUUAUUUUUGGAGAGUACGCCAAGGUGGGUUGUGGGAUACCGGCUGCUUUGUGGUUCUAAUAAUAUAUUAUCUCACAAUAUAAUUCAUAUAAUUAAUUUUAAAUCUGUAAAUAAUCUUAAAGAUAAUUAGCUUAUAUAUGAAUAAAAAGUUGUGCUUUUAUUUUAAUGUCUGUGCCUUUUUAGCCUUUAUAUGCUAUAUUGUAUUUUCAAAGAACAAAGAGGUUUUUAACUUUUUCUUUUUAAUUUUCUGAAUAAUACAAUUUCU